ACGCCCUUUCAUAAUGCAGCAUGGGGCAGAGAACGUAACAAAAUGAAGGCUUCGUAGCGGAAUACAGUCUUAACAUCAAAACACACCCGUCGAUUCGCGAUCAUUCACGGAUGGUGACACAUAAUGCCGAUAGUGGACAAGCUCAAAGAGGCCCUGAAGCCGGGACGCAAGGACCCUGGUGAUGAGGGCGACCUGAACAAGCUGCUAGCUUCAUCCGCCAAGAAGGUGUUGCUGCAGAAGAUCGAGUUUGAGCCGGCCAGCAAAGGCUUCAGCUACCAGCUGGAGACCCUCAAAACCAAAUAUGUGAUCCUGAACCCUAAGAAUGAUGCGGCCACAUCGCAGAGACCUACUGAACCUGCUCAGAUUAAGAGGCAAAUCUCAGAGUCUCUGAGUGUCGGGCAGAGCGAUGGCAUCCCCGCUCCGCAGAAGAUGCUCUUUCCAGGGAACAAGCUGUCCAUGAAGUGGGAACGGGUGUAUCGGGUUGGAGCCGGCCUCCACAACCUGGGCAACACCUGCUUCCUCAACUCCACUGUGCAGUGUCUGACCUACACCCCGCCGCUGGCCAACUACCUGCUGUCCAAGGAGCACAGCCGAUCCUGUCACCAGUCCGGAUUCUGCAUGAUUUGCGUGAUGCAGAACCAUAUCAUUCAAGCCUUUGCCAACACAGCCAAUGCCAUCAAACCUGUAUCUUUCAUCCGGGAUCUGAAAAAGAUCGCUCGGCAUUUUCGAUUUGGCAGUCAAGAGGACGCCCAUGAGUUUCUGCGUUACACUAUUGAUGCCAUGCAGAAAGCUUGUUUGAAUGGUUAUCCUAAGCUGGACAGGCAGACGCAGGCCACCACACUAGUCCACCAGAUAUUUGGAGGAUAUUUGAGGUCAAGAGUGAAAUGCUCUAUUUGUAAAAGCGUUUCCGAUACCUAUGACCCCUACCUGGACAUCGCUCUGGAGAUUCGGCAAGCAGCCAACAUCGUUCGUGCUCUGGAGCUGUUCGUCAAGCCUGAUGUUUUGAGCGGAGAGAACGCCUACAUGUGUGCCAAAUGUAAGAAGAAAGUUCCAGCUACCAAGCGCUUCACAGUUCACAGAACCUCAAAUGUGCUCACGCUGUCGCUGAAAAGGUUUGCCAACUUCAGUGGAGGGAAAAUUACCAAGGAUGUCGGCUACCCGGAGUUCCUGAACAUUCGUCCGUACAUGUCACAGAGCAGUGGAGAUCCGGUGAUGUACGGCCUGUACGCGGUCCUCGUGCAUUCAGGGUACAGCUGCCAUGCUGGGCAUUACUACUGCUACGUCAAGGCCAGUAAUGGACAGUGGUAUCAGAUGAACGACUCCAUGGUUCAUUCCAGUAACAUCAAGGUUGUUCUUAAUCAGCAGGCCUAUGUGCUCUUCUAUUUGAGGAUUCCUGAAAAGAAAAACACAGAUGCAAAGCAGAACAUGGUGCACUCUGGGAGAACUAACAUGACACCGGAGCAGCUGAAGAAAAGCACACUUAAUGGACCUUUGUCUUCACCCCAGGUCACAAAGAAGCUAGAUCCGGCUCAGCUGAGAAAGAUCCAGUCAGUGGAUGGAGGUCUUGGUGUUCCUGUUGCCAGGAACUGUUCGGGACUCCAGUCGCCGAAGCUGUCUAAUGGGACGAGCAACUCUCAUGCCCUGCUCAAACCGGCCAGUGGACCCUCGCUUAUAGAAGAACCCUUGAAGAAGGUGAAGAAACCCACAGCUCAGCCUCACUCCCGCAGCAGCACUCCUGCUCCAUCCAGCGGCCUCCACAAAACCAACAGCAAACAACUGCCGUCAUCUACCUCACUCAAAUCUCUGUCCGACUCCUCCUCAGCAGACACCUCCUCCUCCUCCGAGUCCAGAGAGUCUGUUGGUACAAGGAGUGCUCCCGCUGGAGAUCCGUCAAGUGUGAACAGUCCAGCAUCUCCAGCCAAGAGCACAGAGGAGCAGAAGAAACUUAAACCGCAGGCCCUCACCAAUGUCACAUCAGAGCCUAUCAGCACCAUGUCGCCGCCGCCUGCCAAACGGCUUGCCCUGUCAGCCAAGAAGGCCAGUGUCCGGCAGAGCCUGAGCAGCAGCACUGAGGCUCGGCCCCCUUCAUCUUUUCAUCUGUCCAGUGACCCCACACACUUUCUCAGCCCAGCCUCGCUCCACCCGCACCACAGAUUUUCACCUCAUUCGCUCAGCCUUCAGUCUCCACCUUCAGCUCACCUUUCUAAAGAUUUGAGUCCCCUUAAACGGCCCUCCUCCACUCUGGAGCCACUCGCUCCUGCUCUCUCUCCGCAGACCAAUGGCCAUCAGCCACACAGUUCACCCAGACCAAUUCAAAGCCAGAACUUGUCAGCCUCAACCACACCACUUCUCGCCAGUCCUGUAGUAAAAAACAAGAAAAAGAAGCUAAAAAGAUCACAUUCAGAAGUGGAGCAGGAAUACCUUACAGCUUCAGCCCCUGAAGAACCAAAGUCAAGAGCUGAAAACCAGAAGAAGAAGAAGAAAAAGAAGAAACGGAAAAGGGAGGCAGAGGCAGAUGAUCUUGAGGGACAGAGAGAGAGCGUGGAGUCCCAUCUUGAGCCCCAUCAAGAUGAGGACUGGUGUCUGGGAGAAACAUGGAGCAUCGGCUCUGCUGCCAAAGGAGAUGAGUUUAAGCUUUCUGAAGCGGAGGAGAUUCACCAGAACAAACCUCAGUCUGUGCCUGAGAAACACCACGACCUGAAGAAGAAGAAGAAGAAAAAGAAGCACAAACUCGCUGAGCAACUGGAGGAGCACAGAAAUGGAGCCACAUCAUCGAAGUGCGCUGUUGUAAAAGAAAUUGGUGAUGCUAAUGAGAAGACAGAGGAGCUACGAAAGACCAAGAAGAAAAAGAAAAAGAGAAAACCGAAAGAUUUCCUAGAAGAGAAUGAAAGGCAGAGCAAUGGAGGAAGCCUUCACAUAGAUCUUCGAGAGACAAACAGAAUUGAGUCCAGUGAGAUGAGCAAUGCGGACAAGAGGAAACCUGAUAAAUCGAAACCAGCUCCAGUGAUUGUUUGGGACAGUCAGGUUCAAGAUGGAUUCAAGAGCAGCCAGAAUCAUGAAGAAGCAGAGGACAUGUCUGGCAAAAAGUCCUGCGCUGUUCCUGUUUGCUGGGACGGCAAGAAAAGCUGUGAUGUGGUUCAGGAGCUCCUCAAGAACUCCUCUGAUAAAGCCUAUGGAACUGAGGUUCUCAGUUGGGAAGGCGAUCCGUCACUCAUCAGCAGAGAUGCCGUUCAGGAUUCACGCUACGCUAAAAACCUGACUGUCAUUGAUGAGUGGGAUAGUGAGUUCGACAGCGGAAAGGUGAAGAAAAUUAAAAAAUACAAAAAGGACAGGAGGUGGAACGGAAACGUCUUCCAGAAGAUCCAGGAACAUCGUAACAUGUGGUCUGUGACGGGUGGCAGACGGUGCAGUCUGGGCUAUCGACACUCAACGUUUUGAGAUGCGGGUCCCAAGCGCGUGCCGUGACCAGACCAGUUGCCUUAUUGGAUCAGAAGCAGUCAGAUCUGUCUCGGAUUCUCCCGAAGAACACAAGUUACCCAGAAUGCAGCAGUACUGUGAAAUAAAGCGAUGAGGCUGAGGCUCUCUCUCUUCAGGCCGUCCGAAAUCCACAAUAUAUUCCACUAACGGUGCCCUUAUGAUCUUAGGGGUCAUAGUAAAUGUGAGUCAUCACCCUGUUCACCUUUCACGAGCCUAUAGAAACAAAUGUUAAACCGGACUGCUUUUAAAGGACUGUUCGAGAUGAAAUGGCCAAUGAUCCAGACUUCCCGUUUCUCAUUGUAAACACGGGAAACUGAAGCUGCCACCUGCUAAUGGUUUAAAGUGUAAUUCACAUAUUAUCUCCCCUUAUCCAAUCAUUUAGCUUAGCCAUAUUUAAGCCACUUCCCUAUAUUAUAAGACAAGUGUUUUCAUGAUUUCUGGAGGAAGAAGUCGUCUUUAUUAAUUGUCAAAAAUUAAUUAUCUUUAAUAUUCCUCAGACGUGGCGUUCUGCAUUACAAUACAUCAAGGUCAUACUUCUUUCCCUCAUCAAAUCCACAUUUGCAGUGAUUAAAAAGUGACUCUCUUGUGACCAUUUCCAGUCUGACGACGUGUCUCUUAUGCACAAAAACGCUGCAUACGACAAUGCAAUACAUUUCAUCCAUGCGAGAUAAACAAACAAACAAACACGGGCCUUAACACAAACCACUGUGUUUUCGCCAGGAGGGCUGAAACGGCUAAUAAUUAGACUCUGGAUCUGCUUGUUUGAGUUAGCGUUUCCCCCCCCCAUCCUGCAUCUCUUAUUCUACUCUCUAUGCAACUGCAGUCAAUCCUGAGGAUGGUCAGUCCUGGGAGAAACUCUUCGAACGCUGGUCCAAACGUCCUCCGCGUGAGCUGUAAAACACCCCGUCGUCCGCGUCCGUUCACCGUGCUUUUCUACAUCGAUGUACAUGCUAAUAAUCCACCGCAGGAGGAAAGCAAUGAUGAAGUUAAGGACAUUGUACAGUCGACCUUGUGCUCUCCGUGAUUCCCCCUGUCAUGAAUUUGUUUCGGAUUUUAGAGAAGUUGCCUUGGUUUAAUUUUUAAAGAAGCGAAUAGAACAUAUUGCAAAUUCUACUUAUUAAAUGCACAUCGCUAAAGUGAAGCCUAAUGUAUUUAAGGUUUGUGGAAAUGUAAACGAGGAGUUUUAUUAACCAGUAGGUGUGUGUGUGUGUGUGUUGAAAGACUGCUCUGAGGUCUUGUUCAGGACUGGACACACAUACGCACGUUCAACACUUGCGUUCUGUAGGAUGUCUGUUUCCUCUUAGAGACUCACUGGAGAUACUGUAGGUUAUUUCAGAGACUGAAUGCUGACGAACACAAGCGUGUCAUGUUCGAGUCGAUGGUUCUGUACCUAAUGCCUUUUCUGAAGAGAAGUCAUUCAGUAUUGCAAAUACAUAAAUAUAGAUAUACUGGUGCAAUAAAGUUGUGACUUUUUGUGAAGAG